AUGGCUUUUGUUCACUGCGGGUCUGAAGAGUGCACCAAAUCCGAACUAGACUUGUUUCAAAUAGCCCCUACGCAGACCAGCAUCGAGAAAAGCAUUUACAUUGGGGUGCCACCUCUAUCAGCCGUUACGGAGUCUGCUCCCAUUGACUUUUUUAUAGCAGGGAAUGGCAUAGAUUAUAUGGAUUUAAACAACAUGCUGCUUUACCUAUGUUGCAAGAUUGUAAAAGGAGAUGGAACUGAACUUGCCGUGGACGCCGAAGUGGGCCUGGUGAAUUACCCCGUGGCCUCUAUUUUCAGUCAGUUGGAUGUUACGCUGGGAGACCGCCUUGUAAGCCAAAGCAACAACUGUUCCCCUUACAGGGCCUUUAUAGAAUCAGUGCUCAAUUACAGCGAUGACACCUUCACCACGCAAUUUUCUGCCGGUCUGUUUUACAAAGACACUGCUGGACAACAUGAAGAAACAGACUUGAAUGGAGGGAAUCUAGGGUUCGUGGAGUAUGCAAAGCUGACGGCCAAGAGCAGAACGGUAGAAUUGCUGGGCCAUCUACACAGUGACCUGUUUUUUCAAGAAAAACUUUUGUUAAACGGAGUGGAUGUGAAAAUUAAACUGACGUGCAGUAAAGACGCUUUCUGUUUAAUGGGCAGUGCGGCUGAAGGCUUUAAACUGCGCAUUGUAUCAGUGUCACUUUUUGUGAAGAAAGUACGGGUGGCCCCGGGUGGCCGUUUGGGGCACGUGGUGGCCCUGCUUGCCGCUAAUGCUAAAUACCCUGUGGACCAUGUGGGAAUGAAAGUGUUUAGCAUCUUUGCGGGCAGCAGGGUACCGACCAAGCCUCUGCAACUGGACUUCGAGGCAGGACGCUGCAUGAGAAAAUACAUGAAUCUGGUACAGACAGCUGGUAAACACAUGAAAGAUCGUUCUCUGUUAAUCGACCAUGAGGAGUUUGCACAGGGUUACACCUUGUUUGCCUUUGACCUGUCUCCCAACCAGGAAUGCGCAGAUCACUAUUCCCUGAUUAAAACCGGGAACCUGAGAGCAGAAAUACGUUUUGGAAAGGCUUUAAUGGUUACCGUCAAUAUGAUUGUGUAUGGAGUUUUUGACAAUGUCAUAGAAAUAAAUCAGAAAAGAAACGUUCUGUUUGACUACAUGUGA